AGAAGAAAAAAAAGAAGAAGACAGCUUUGUUCUUGAAUUCUUGAAUCAAUCAAUCAAGCUGCUAGGGAGGUGGCUGAACAAAACCCUUAUCCCAAUUUCCCCCGAAUAUGCCAUUUUUGAGGAUUGUGAGACUCCUCUUACCUGGGAUCAGACUGUUGAUUAGAAGGUCGUUACUUUGGUUACUGUAGAUGCAUAUCCGUGAAUAUAUUCCUUCUUGGAUCUACCAGUUACUUGGUUGCAUGGGAGGUUGUUUUGGAUGCUGCAAUAAACCACCGCUUAUAGUUGCAGUGGAUGAGCCGUCUAAAGGGUUGAGGAUUCAAGGUCGUUUAAUCAAGAAGCCAAGCGUAUCAGACGAUUUCUGGAGCACAAGCACCUGCGAGAUGGAUAACAACAGUACAAUGCAGUCACAGAGAAGCGUUUCUUCUAUCAGCUUCACUAACAACACUGCUACUACUUCUGCAAGUAGUAGCAACCCCAAUGAAUUUGUAAACAACGGAUUGAACCUCUGGUUACAAACAAGACAACAGUGGCUUGCAAGUGGAUCUUCUCAAACAAAAGCCAAAGUUCGAGAACCUACAAUAAGCUGGAAUGCAACAUAUGAGAGCUUGUUGGGUAUGAAUAAGCGGUUCUCUCGUCCAAUACCUCUCCCUGAAAUGGUGGAUUUUCUGGUGGAUGUGUGGGAGCAAGAAGGCUUGUAUGAUUGAUUGCAACUCACAGAAUACUUAAUCUUCUCUCUCUUUCUUCUUCUUCUUCUUGUGUGUGUUGUGUGUAAUCAAACUUGGCUUGUAUUUAAAAGCUCAAGGAACUAAAACUAUUAUACGUUCAAUAGAAACACCAAUUUUUUGUUUGUUUGUGUGUUUGGUAUGUGUUAAACACAUUAUUGCAGUAACUCAGAAUUGUAUUAUAUUUUAUAAUUUAAGUGUUUCCUUCCGUAAAUGAACUUUUCUGAGAGAUAAUUUGGUUAGUUUCCA